AUGUCAGUUCCUUGCGUCACCGAAGCCACGAGCGUCCUGGUUACGGUCUCGGACGGGUUGAUACAGAUCGGUUUCGAAAAGGAGGGGAGAAACCUAGCCGAUCCUGGCACUUGCUCGGCUUCUCGGUUGCUUACGUUAGCUUAUGGCCCACCAAUUGGAAAUAACGCUCGGAGUCACGGUCACGGACGCGUUCAGCUGAUUUCGUCUAAACAAACCAACAACGCGCUACACUUCUUUGGAACGGUCUCCGAGGGAUUAUCUGCCGGUGAUUCGAAAUCAGCAGGGGGAACGACGAUGUCUCUGAACAGAGCAAGCUCUUGGAGUAUUGGUGAGAGAUCGAUGCUCGACUUCACGGUUCCGUCGACCGACCGCCAUUUGCCAUCGUUGUCUAUUUACAGCCAACAACUCAAAGAUCUUGAUGAAUGGCUGCUGAUGUAUAUCGCCACUCUUGAGCAAGGGCAAAGUGUAGCCGUGAACCGCGGGGAGACUCUCUCUGCUUCUUAUCUGUGCCAGCAACUCGGAAGAUUAUUCACAACGGCGGAACCCGACAUGGUCCGAGGGCCUCGAAUAGACUGGAUGCAAGUUGUCUUAUCCCAAGACUCAUUGUCGUCAAAUACGGAAGAGGAUACGUACACCCUUGGAGAGUCGGUGGUGCGGAUUUCGACGCAGGACAUGGACCUCAUUUCCUCAGGCCGGCCUCGGCAAUUCCUUACACCAUGGCCGCCGACUCCUGACAUUCAGAAGGAGGUUAAUAUUUUGAGUGUUGUCGCUGAUGAACUUGGAGAUCUCAUGAGGGCCCUCACUUCUUGUAAGUAA